CGAUGCCUUGUGUGUCUCGACGACUUUGUCCCCAAGCAGUCGGUCCGCGUGCUCAAAUGCUGUCAUGUCUUUCACCAAGAGUGCGUCGAUAGAUGGUUGUGUGAGACGCAUAAUUCGUGUCCUGUCUGUCGUGGUGUACCCGUGGAAGAUCGUGCAUCA